ACACACACACACACACACACGCGCCUCAUCCCGGCAGCCUCGCGUGUCCCUAGUGCCGCCACAAUAAACUUGGUUCUGAGGGAGGUGGUUUGUGCCUCCUCUCAACCUCUUGCUUCCACGUCACGUCCCCAAGAUGAGUGUGAGCCAAAUGGUGAGAGUGGCGUUCCCUCGUUAGUCCCUGUCGUGGCUGUCGUCUCCGGAGCCCAAGCCAGAGCCGGACAACUGUUCCCCGUUGCUCCCCUGAGUGGCCGCCCCCCAUGCCUCGACGCCCUGCCGGGUGAGGCCAGCACCAGCACCGGUAACCCAACUCCUCCAGGGUUGAUGGGCCAUUGGCUUUGUGAGUUCGGUGCAAGGCUCUCACCAAAAGGCCUCGAGUUCCAUCAUCGAGCACGGCAGCUUCCUGGGCACAGCACCGUGGAGACCACCGAGGCAGAGCAGCCGCCCUCAGGUGACAAAGAAGCGAGCUGAUGAGGGGCGUGUAGCUGUGCGUGUCUGCGGUAGAGAAUCCGUGUGCGUUGCCUCCCACUAAUGCUAUGCCGGGUGACUCAGUGGCUGUGUCAUGGUGGGCAUAUAAGCUCCUGAGAGAGACCACGUCACAUCCUCUUACAGCCGAGUUCCGAAAAGUCCGCUAGCUAUGGUCACUUCCGACGAGAGGUGUUGCGUCACCGUGUACUCAUCCGCCGCCGUUGCCGAGGCUGCUGAGGACUUCGUGGAGGCCAUUUGUGAAAAAACAUUGCGGGCCAGCAUCGAGGGAGGACUCGAGAACCCAAGCUCAGCUCCACUCACUCUCACUGCUCACUGCUCAGUCGUGGCUGUGAGCUGGUGGAGGGUGGGUGUGCUGCGCUCGCUUGCGUAACUCUUAUGCUCUGUGGACAAAAGGAGUUCCUCCUCGGUGUGUUUGUGCCUUAGUAUAUCCGAUGAGUAUACAGUGAUACAAGCCCAACAGAUACUUUACAAAGACCGAUUAAGUGAUCGUAAAAUCAAUCCUGUGAUAAAAUAUACUUACAUAAAACGGAGCGGCAGUGUGAAGGAAGGUGUGCGCGGCCCCUGAGCCAGGUGGAGCAGGUCCGCAGCCCCAACCCAGGGUCUGGCAGCUCGCCCGUCAACGCCCACACCACUCGCAACCCAUAGGAGAGGUCAUUGGGACCGGGACAGCUCGAGGAGAGUUUAGUGGAAGGAAUAUAAGUAAUUAGUCAUCCCUUUAUCGGAAAGGGAAAUAACAGAAGUGCAUGAAAGUUUUUAUUCAUGUGAAGUCACCGUGUUGGUGCCGCUGACCACCAGCAGCCGUGUGAGCAUGUGAUCGCGUCCUGUGACCCUUGUCAACAGCAGACAUGUCUUGCCACUCGUCUGGGUCGUCGAUGGGGACAGGACCGCACCUCGUCCCCCUCGGCAUGGCGCUCACUCCUCGCAGCCUCCUCAAGAGGUGCAAGUUGCCUUCCGCAGCGCACCUCCACGCCCCCACAGCACCGCCCGGACUUGACCUCUCCCGCCCGCUGCUCCUUUACAACACCUACAACUCGACAAAGGUUCGAGGCGUGUCUCUGCGUCCGGGGAAGGACGGUGCCCUCAUCCCGCAAGGCCCUUCAAUAGUCAUCCCAGACUCUUACACAGGUUGGUUUGCUAUAGUGACAAGUGAUGGCCACACCGCAUCCUAUUACUCCACCGUGGAGCAGGUGGCCUCCAGCAAGGUGACCUUCUUCCUCACCCGCUAUGAUGUUCCCGCCUACACAAACAAUGAGGAGGAUGAUGGCACAGUCUCCUAUCAGAAGACAGUGGUUCAGAGCGGCCACGUUCUUAAGCUGCUGGGCAUCUUUGAGGACCUCAAUGCCCGCCGUACGAACAGUAAUGGGCGAGGUCAUGAUGCUGCGUCAUCUGUCUUCAGCUGUGACAAAUAUGCUCAAUGUCUCAACUACAGGAAUGAGGUGGUAUUCCUGCCCUUCUCAGCAUCAGGCCGCUUCUACACAACAGCACAAAAAAGCAGCAAGAAUCCCAACCACGUAUACCUGAUGGCCCACAUCCUUAAGAACCAUCGCCUGCCCGUCACUGUCCGGCUGGUGUGUGGCUACAUGCCCCGGGUGCCCUGCAACUUUACCGGUGUGCUGCGGCUGGAGCAGGCCCAGAAGGAGGCAGUCAUCCUGGCCUGUACUAUGACAAAUGAAGCUCAAGCAACACUCUUCGAGAUCGAUGUGAACUCUAACUUCGCACUGACCCCCGUCAAAGACCCAAUGUUCCCGAAGACACCCAUCUUCCUCAAGACGGUGUCAUACUGUGAUGAUGAAGCUGAAGCUUGGCGCCGCCAGAUCAAGGUUACUCAUCAUGUGACUGAAAAGAGGUCAAGGUCAUUGACCAGGUCACUGAGCGACAAAUUUGUGGAACCACUAAGCAACAUUCGACCCCUUAGUCUUUCUUUCCUCUCUGACCACGACAAGAGGAAAGGACGAGAGCGGGACCAUUCACGAGAGGGAAGGCCACCACCCACCAAUAAGGACAAGAGUCGAGAACUCAGAUUCAAAGACUUCCGAAGAAGAGAGAACAGCGUGGAGAAGACAAAGUUCACUUAUCAUGACAACUUUAGUGGCAUCAACAGCUUCCCACUCAAAGACUCGUGUCGGGAACACAAGAAGGGAGACCUUCGAAAGAUCUCAAAACAGAACACGUAUGUCCUACAGAAUGGCAAGGCAGCAAAACAAACUGAGAAGAAGGCUGAAAGUGAGAGCAGUAGUUUUAUAUCAGUCAGGUCAAUAGAGAACAUGGAUUAUUCUCGUGUGGUUGAUGACAUUAGUCCAAUAUCUGAAAGAGUUGAAGAGGGAGAGAGCCACUAUACAGAGAUCUGUCCUCAGACUCUGAGAAAAAAGAACAAUGUUAAGAGUGAUGGUCCCCUCAGCUUGCCAAACCUCAACCUCUUCCAUCAUAAGAAAAGCAGGGAGGAGGUUUCCAGGAAGCUCUCCAGCAGCAGUAUUAACUCAAAUAGUGCCAGUCUUAGGAGCCACAGUUCUCUCAGAAAUCAAGUAAGGCAAGUUAUUAGUAAUGGUCUCAGUGAGAGUGAUAGUCAAAAAGGAGGUGCUAGUGCACAUGGACAUAAGUUUUCUGAGGAUAAUUCAUCCAGAAAAGACAGGACAAACAAGAUGAAAUUUUUAGAAGCUUUUAGAGAAAAAAUGUAUGAUAAGAGCACAGUUAGAGAGCAAACUCGUGAAAGAGUUCUUGAAAAGGAUAAAGAUGAUGAAGUGUGUUGUGAAGAAAUUGUUAAAAGAGACAAACUUACCUUUGCAAAGUACAGACAUGAAGAUAAAAAGCACAGUGUGAAUAGCACUACAGACCAAACACAUGUGGACAAAUCAAAUCAGCGGUUACAAGACGGUAGUGAAAGUUCAGGAACCAACAACAGUCGUGAUCAUGUCAAUGAGGUAUAUAUUAUCCGCGUUGUUGUGAAAGACCGUGAGGAGAACCACAUGUCCACCCUGGCCAAGGAUAAUUCUGGUGGCUACUACAUGAAGAUCAAAGGCUUUGAAGUGCCGAAGGAGGAAAUGAAACACGUGAUAGGCAAAGAUGGGUAUGACUCCCUCUGCUGAGGUCAUGCUGAGGCCCUGUAUGGAAUCAUUUGUUUACUUGCAAUUUGAAUAUAUUGUAUAUUCCAGUAUAUUAUUAAUUAAAAUAAGUUUUUAUGUCAAGAUCAGAAUUUGUAUAUAUCUCAAAGCAACUACUGUCUUCACCUUUGUUCCAGAGGUUUGGGCAAUAACAUUAACACACUUUUUACUCAUUCAGAUUGCCAGAGUAAUGGCCAAGAUACUGACUGUAAUAUUAUUCAUUAAUUAAUAUAGUUAAAGCACAAAUGCUAACAAUAUGAAUGAUGUCAUCAAGCCACGUACAGUAUCAUAAUAAUCACUAUGAACUUCUUAUAUCCAUCAUCCUGUUCAUCAUCCUGCUUGUCCUUCUUGAGAAUAACGUGCCCCUAGGACCUCACAGACAUCCUCAUAUGCAUAGAGAUAAGCAUUUCUAAUGCAUAGAAAACACGACCAAUGCAUCAUCAGUUCAAGGAAAAUAGUCAGGAGUGUUCAUUGUGACAACAGCCCCAGCUGGUAACAAAGGUAUGGUUAUUCCAAAGCUAGUCAGCAUCCCCUGAUGCACAUAUCUCAGCUAGACAUCACACUGUUUCAGAGUUUCAUUCCUACACCAGCCUUCACCUCAAACCAGAACUGUUCCAAUCAAGUCUUUUGUGUUUAAGAUCAAGUAGGCACAUUCAUCACUAAAGAGCAUGUGCAUGCCAUUGCCUGUAAUAAGCUUACUAUAUCCAUUACUAGCCAGUAAAGAGAGAAAAGGCAUGGAAACAUUCAACUUCUCCAUGGAGCUCACAUAAUAGUGUUUCACCCCACCAGACCUUCAACAAGUUUUAUGCACAAUGAGUUUAUGAUUGCUGCCAGUGAUCCUCUACCCAUCAGAAUCUUUGAGUUUUGACAGCAAAUCAACAAAAUGCAUUUAUCUCGUCAUAAAUUAUCAACAUUAUCAUUAUUAUUAAACACACUACAGUAGGCAGAAUUGGAAGAGUACAAAUAAUAUUUUAUGAAGUGUAACCCCGCCAUAUACAUAAGAAACAGAAAAUUAAGGAUAAAUUAAUAUAAUAAAGGAUAGAAAAUUGAUAUAAACAAGAUCUGGCAAUAUGAGAGAAUGAAGCAACAAUCAGGGUUCAUGAAGAUGGGCAAGAAGGAGCAGGAUCUAUGGGCCUGAAGCAUGAUCUCAAAAAAAAAAAAAAAAAAAAAAAAAGGAAAUUGAAGGAGACUCAUGUAGCAACUCACCAUCUACAAAAAUAAAGUGAUAAAUAAAAUAAUAAAUGAAAAUAAACAAUAGUAA